UUGCGGCGGCGGCGGUGGUAGAGGCGGUGCCGGUGGCUGAGGCGCAGUGAUUCUAACGGCAUGGCGUACCGGCGGAGGCAGCAAAUGCACAGGACUUCUGCUUCCAGAGACGAGUUUGAUAGUCCGCGCAACCCUCCCCCGCCUCCGAUAUCAAUCCCCGGCGAAAACUCGUCUUCUUCUUCGUCGGCGUCGUCUUCGCUCGCUGCAAAGGCCAUCCGAGCCUCAUCGGCGCAUCGCGACUUUUCUCUGUCAUCGGCGUAUGGAGAAUCUGCUGUUUCGUCUCCUAGGGAUUCUAUCCCCCUCAGAUCUCCCUAUCCUGCUUCCUCAACAAAGGAUGCAUCCAACUACGUAUAUACUUCAAUGAAAAGCUUGGAUGAACCAAAACAAGGAUUUUGGAGUGCACUGGCCAGGAAGGCAAAAUCCAUUCUUGAUGAUGACGAUGCUGACCAACUACCGCAUGAAGCUGCAGAGGGGACAACAGCACGUUGGACGUCGGAUAAUACAAGGGGUCAGCGUCAUGAAGGGCAAAGGAAACCAGAAAAUCAUGAAGUGCAGAAAGGAUUGGAUGUCCUUGCAUCUUCCCUUAAUUAUAUUAGCGGCACCAUUGGCAAUGCUUUUGAGGAGGGCCGUGCAGUUGUGAAGAAUCGUACUGCAGAUAUUCUUCAGGAAACACGUAAGCUGCAAAUAAGGAGAAAGGGAAGUACUGGUACUUCUUUGCAGAAUGAAUCUUCGAAUGUAAUUGGAACCCGGCAAAAACCUGUUAUGUGGAACCAUAUGCAAAACCAGCCACAGACUGAUUUAGACACUCAGCUGAAAGCAUCUCGCGACGUUGCAAUGGCUAUGGCUGCAAAAGCAAAACUACUACUACGGGAGUUGAAGACUGUAAAAGCUGAUCUGGCUUUUGCAAAAGAGCGCUGUGCACAGUUAGAAGAAGAAAACAGAGCUCUUAGACAAAGUCGCGAAAAAGGUGGCAGUCCAGAAGAUGAUGAUUUGAUAAGGCUCCAACUGGAGACACUUUUGGCUGAGAAGGCAAGGUUGGGUCAAGACAACUCAGUCCUUACUCGGGAGAACCGUUUCUUGAGGGAAAUUGUUGAGUACCACCAGCUCACCAUGCAGGAUGUUGUGUACCUGGAUGAAAAUAGUGAAGAGGUCACAGAAGUUUACCCUGUAAAGGUUGCAAGUCACUUAGACGGUGACCUCUCAUCUCACCCUCUGCCAUUCCCAGAGCUUUCAGAUGCUUCUGAUGGUGGUGACACCUCCUGCAUACCCGAACCAACAAAAAAUGGCAUGGGAAGACAUUCAAAGUCAUUUUCGUAAAACGGUUUUUUUUCCGUGUGUGUUGGGGGUGGGGUGACAUCUGGUUUACAUUUCCAUGUGUCUGUUAUAUACUCGAGGACGGUGGGUGGAUGCACAUUUGCACAUAACUCAUGUAUUACUAAAGAAAGAUUAGGUUUGAAGAGGAAAGUCCCUUUGUUAUUAUGGAACCUUGCAAAAGAGGUCUUUUGGAGUGUAUACUUUUGAAGAGAAAAAAAAUAUAUUAUGGGAGCCUUAAUGUGGUUCUGCAAGUUGUAGGG